AUGCAAGGGGGGGCACGGGAAGAUCUGGUCCACUUGAAGCAGGUCGGCAAGGCUUGUGAUGCCUGUCGCAAGGAUGGCCGCAAGGCGAGGGAGGAGCCGCAAACUCCGCCGCUGGACACGCUGAAGGUGGAGAAGGAGCUCUUUUUGUCGCCGCAGGCAGAUGCAUUGCUCAUGAAGGCGCGGGAGCUCUUCGCCACGUCGGUGGCGCUGCCCAUCGCCUGGCUGCACCUGGAUCCCGACGUGGAGAGCUCGCGCCGGCGGAAGCACGAACGCGUCAAGGAGGGGGCUGAGUUCGUCUGCCAGUUGCAGCAGCAGUGCCGAAGCAAGCUCCUGGACAGGUACUUCCUUUUCUGGUCCUUCUUUGCUGAAGAGGAGUUCUAUUUGCUCUCGUUGCCUUUGCUGUUUUGGUGUGGCGACUACCGCUUUGCGCGGCACAUGACCUAUGUGGUUUGCUUCGGGCUGGUCUGGGGGAACCUCCUCAAGGACGUCUUCCGCCUGCCACGGCCGAGGAACGUGAAGCAGGAGGUCUGGGUACCUCACAGUGCCUCCCAAAUCGAUUCCACGGCGUGCCGGGACUUCGGCUUCCCCUCCACGCACGCGAUGAACUCCGUGAGUAAUUCGCUCUUCGCGGUGCUCUUCUAUCUGGAGAAUCCACGUAUUUCGAGCACCGUGAUGGUGCUAUGCAUGUGCUUUUGGAUCUCGUCGAUCUCUUUUGCUCGGCUCUACUUGGGGGUUCACUCCCCCAUGGACGUCAAGGGUGGCCUAAUCUUGGGCUUUGCCAUUGCGCUGCUGGCGAAGCCAGCAGAGCUCUGCUUUGCCUUCGACCGCUUCAUGUUGCGGACGCCGCACGUGGGACUGCUGUUGGUGCUGCUGGUGGUGCUCGUCUUGGUCUUGAACCCCCAGCCUCGUCCCAUGACUCCGACCUUUAUGCAGAACUGCACUCUUUGCGGCCUCAUCCUUGGCUGCGCCGUGGGCUUCCGCAUGGAGACCGACCGCCGCGCCGCCAGCGGAGCAGCUUCGCUUGAGGAGCCGGCCAUGCCGCUGCCGGCUUUGCUGCGGGUGUUGGUGGGUUACUCCAUGCUGAUGAUUGCACGGAUGGUGCUGAAACAGCUCUUGAGCAAGCUCCUUGGGCUGUUGGGUUUGGAACCCAACCCCAAGCCUAAGAAUCUCAAUGGCGAGAAGCCGGCGAUCAAAGGCUGGGAUCUCUUCGCCGCCGCCUUCAUCAAGGUGAGCGUUUACGCCGCGAUGGCUUGGACCAUCGUCUGCGGAGCGCCCGCCGUCUUCGAGGCCGGUCCAUUGGGCGAAACACGGCGGGCGCCCAUGGUCUGGAGUUUGGAGGAGAGUCCCAUGAGCGAGCUGAGGCCACUGGUGGCACUGCAGGCAGAUUUCCAGAGGAUUGACGUGGAGCAGAGUGUGCAGGAUCCCUACCUACUGAGAGGCCCCUCCGGUGAGCCAGGCGUCGCUCACGCCUCCCCAGAGCGGUGUCCAGGCCGUGUCCGGCGCCACCGGGCGUUUGGGCCUGCACUGGUGGGUGAGGCCUCGGGCAUGGCCUCGGGCAUGGCCUCGGGCAUGGCCUCGGGCAUGGCACCGCUAGCGGCGCCGCUGGCGCCACAACGGUCCAUGGCGAAUUUCGAGAGCUUGCAGAUGACGAAGUCCCUCCGCGCCAACGUCUCUGCCCUGCCACCGGACGCCCCAGUCUCCACGCCCACCAUGAACACGCAGCUGACGGAGGUGUCUAUGACGGAGCUUCGCCGGGCCAUGCGUGUGGAGCCCUUUUGGUAUUGCCGCUUCCUCAAGAAGUCCCGCAAGUGUUAUGACAUCAAGAAGUAUCGGUGGACGACCAGCGAACCAACCGGUCUCGCCCGUGGAGUGCGGAGCCGCUUGCCCUUGCCCGACAUCCCGCUGCCCGCGUUGAUCGCGCGGUCCUUGAAGGUGCCGGAGGAAACCGCCUUCACCACGGUGGUGCGCCUCUCCGGCGCCGGGCAGAGCCCGGACACGGAGGAGGACUUGGCCAGCAUCCCAGACUCGCAGCCUGUCAUCCUGGUGAUGCAAAGCUGCUCGCAUGACGCCCCCUACGGGGAGUACUUCCGCAUCCAGGAGACCUUGAUCUUCUCCAAGGGAAAGCAGGGGACUGACCUGAAGCGUUGGGUUUCAGUGCUCUGGGUGAAGUCGCUGCCCUGGGCCCUGGGCGCGCUGCGGAACAUCAUCGAGUCGCAGACGAUCUCCGACUCUCAAAAGGCGCACGAUGAUUUGGUGAAGUAUAUCUUGCAGGCUGCAGAGGAUGCUCGAGACUGA